AUGGAACAGAGUCAGAAGAAGAAACGUCUGAGACCCGUGGUGGUUUGUACCCACUGCCGCAAACGCAAAAUCAAGUGUGACAAGCAGUUGCCGUGCUCUAAUUGUGUCAAAGUGAACUUGGGUGAUAGUUGUACUUAUGACUCUCAGUUGGAUAGGAAACCAGGGGACGAAUUUCAGAUGGAAAUGCAGAUGCCACUCACGAAAGAGUUUCGAAGCUCAUCGGGGCCCGGUGAAGGGUAUGUGGGGCUGUUCACACUCGACAAAGGUCCUAUUGCCAAGAAGAGGAGAAAUGAUGUCAACCAGCACAACGGAACAGGCGUUGGUGUACCACCGCUGGAUCCACUGAAUUACUCGUUACAUCUGGCACAACUUAGUGCACAGGGACAAGCAAACAUCUCAUCUGAAUUUUCAGGUAAUAGGAGUCUGGUUGAGCAACGGGCACAAAUCGGGAGAGUUCCCUCAAAUAAUCAGAAUGGAUUCAAUAGUCAAAGUGUUCAAAAGGGCAGUCCAAUAGGUCAAGGUUCUAUGAAUGGUCAUAUCACCCUGAAUGGCCAUGCCACCCAGAAUGGCCAUGCCACCCAGAAUGGCCAUAUCGCCCUGAAUGGCCUUGUUGCUCAGAAUGGCCCUGUUACCCUGAAUGAACCAAAUGUACCAAAUGUACCGGUUGGCCGCAACUCAGGUUCUAGUCUGUCCAAUGGCAUGGUGGAGAAGAAGGAGCUCGAGUUCCUCAAGGAAAGACUUCACCAGAUUGAGCAGUCUCUACUAGGCUCAGCUCCUCGAGACCACCACACUUCAGUUUCUCUGAACUCGUCCAUUGACCUGAUUCGUUCAAAUACUCGACUGCUUCCACAGCCACUCUCUCGAACCUCCCAGAACGGUACACCUCAGAGUGCCAUGCAAAUUCCUCUGGUCCCUCAGCCUGUUACGAUUCCCACGUCGCAAGGUCCGAUCUUUCCAGACCUGGGCUCUUCAGUUUCUUCGAGUUUGUCACUGGCUCCUUCGCAAAUGCCCCCACCAAUGUUCUCCCAGUUUUCCUAUCAGUACUCUGGCAGUAUUGCAGGUGACAAAGCGGCGCUGCCUCCACUUCGUAAUUCGAUGCUCCCUCCAUUGAAUGCGCAGGUCAAGUAUGAAACAGACUUGGCCCAUUCAUCAGUCCCUAGCUCGUCUGCUAACUCUGCUAACUCUGCUAGUUCCGCUACUUCUGCUACUUCUGCUGUACCGUCAACUUCAUCCUCGGAGCUGACGAGGAGCCCUUUCAGUGUGAACAGCAAUGGAAACCGUAAUUCCAGUUCGAACUCAAGCACUCCGAAGAGCCAGUGUCUGACUAGCGAAGAUUUCCUCAUUGGUACCAACAUCUACCACCACCCCACCGAUACUAUCAAUUUCUAUGAAAAAUACUCCUCGGUGCAUUACAAGGAUCCGCUUCGGCGAAUUAGUUUCGGGCCAUUUGCGUGGUCGUCAUUAAUGCGUCGUGAUAACGGGCUACGUCUCAUUUGGGACCAUAUAAUUGAGCAAAAGGGCAAAACUGCUAGCAAAGACGAGAAUACAGCUUUGAUGUUUGCUCAGCAUUCUGCUGAUAUCACCCAGGAAACGACAAAUACAAUUCUUUCUGCCGAUAAGUUCACAGAUCAGCUGGAAAAGCAAUUCCAGAAGCGUGCAUUGCAGACAGAUGGUUACGAUGACUUGAUCCCUUACAACAGUAUCCUUAUGGCCCGACGGGAGAGAAAUAUUCAAAAACAGAAUCUUAACAGGACGACUUUACCUCUUGGUUUGACAUUCUACGACGGUCAGAUCGACCGAGAACUUCAGCUUAUUGAGAAGAUCCAAGUUGUGCUUCCAAAAAGGCGUGUGGUCUGGAAGUUGAUUUAUCGCUACUUCUCGGUGGUCUAUACUUACAUGCCGUUUUUGGAUGAAGAGUACUUUAGACGAGAUGUGGCACGAAUCAUUGGACCAUCAUCCUUGGAGGAUGAACCGAUCAAGGAUUUGAAAAUUGAAAAGAAAUUGGACUUGGCUACGGUUGGUAUUCUUCUUAUUGUGUUGAGACUUUCCUAUUUAUCGCUUUUUUCCAAUAACAGUCUGUUGAAUGAGGAAAUCUUGAAUUCGAACGAUCCCUCGCAUGAGGUGCAAGGCCCCAAGUAUUUGAUGAAUAACCCCAUUAAUAUCAACACCAUCGAGGUGGCACAAUUGUGCUUAGAUCAGUUUCAUGUGUUCAGAAGGACCAACUUCACUGUGUUGCAGCUAGCACUUUACAUUCGUCUUUAUCAUACUUAUGCUCCUGAAGAUGGAGAUGGUGCCGAUGGAGGAGAUUCGCAGGUUUUGAAUGCUGUGUUGAUUCAAAUGGCCUAUUCCUUGGGUUUAAAUCGUGAACCUGACGAGUAG